AUGGCGUUCCCGUCUGCAGAUGUUGCUAAUCGCAGAGUUCGAGAACUGACAGGUCAGACUCGUCCGCGCCGUCCACAGCGCCCACCAACUACCAACGAAAACCUGGGUCCCUUGCCUCAUGUUCAACAUUUUUCCAACACCCUAGGCGUUCUCAACCCUAACGACGGGCCCAUUGGUGUGGACAUCUUUGGUUAUCCUGUACCGCCUAUCGCCACUCAAGCCGACCUCGAUUUUUAUCUUUUGAAUCCCCACCAAGCCCGCCCGUCCGUCGCCACCAGCAGUAGUUGUCUACAGGUUCAAGAUUACGAACGGGAGGGCGGUUGGAUGGUUGACGCUUUUGGGCGGCAAUAUUAUCAGGCGCGCGGAAAGCUAGAAGAAAUAAGCUCGGAGCAAGACGACAACGACGAUAAUAAAAGCGCAACAACCAACGCGUUUCACGACAAACAUCACGAACAUCGACGACCACUCACCGCGCUCUCGCCCAUGAAUACGGGCACUGGUAGCGGAGGAUUCAAUUUGCGAGAAUUUGCCUCGCGUUCUGCGUCACCUUUGCCACCCUCCACCACACCACCCCCUGCUCCUCGGUUUACGGACAGGGAGCAGCUAUUGCCGCUUUUCUCGCCGCCGUUUAUCUCUGAGUACUAUCAGCCUUUUGCUAUCAUUCCUCCGAGUCGGACGCCGCCACCGUCAUUGCCACCGAACACCACGCCUCCGCCACGACCGCUCGAAAGACAGAUGAGUGAGCUGUCACCGACGUCAAGCGUGUAUCCUCGACAUGCUGUCAAUGGUUACGCGCCAACGCCGCUGCGGACAAUGACACCUGCGCCACCGAAAAACCACGCGAUUGCAGGACCACUGGACGCGGAAACGGAAAUCGCGCUCGUUCAAGAAUGUCUUCGUUUAGUUACGACGACGGUGCAGGACAUUCAGUUCAUGUACACUGUUUUUUUGGCCAUCGAUUCUGGGGGCGACCUCGCGGAACACAGCGAAAUCUGCUUGCGCCUCGAGGAGAGCGUGUCGUCUGUAAGAAGCACCCUCACGCGGCGCAACCAGAUUGGCGAAGAGGAAUGGAGGGUCCGAUCGGCAGCGUGGCAUCUCAAAUAUGGGGAUAGGCUUCGUUCGCUUCGGAGGACUUUGAAGCGACUUAUGGGCAUCAAGAAAGCUGUAGAGGCGCGUUCUCAAUCUUUACGACCAAAACAACGGAUGGUUGUCCUCUUUAAAUUACAAGAACACGAGCGCAAGAUGGCGGACUUGGCUUCGAAAUUUAUUGCGUCCUUUGAUAGGCUACGACUUCGACACCUCCACUACCUCCUAACCGAAGCCCACAAGCAAUCAUACGCCCUCCAGAAACAAAAACAAGACCAGGCCCGGCUAUCAUUAUCCAACAAGAGGUCAUUUGAGCGACGGUGGAAGGAAGGCAAGGCCAUGCGCGCGGACUUGCGACGCGAGUUUUAUUCGUUUCGUCCAACACGGCCACCACAAUCGGAAACGUCAACGUCAACGGCAUCAUGA